AUUAAAUGGAACAUAUUUUACUUUGAGUAGCGGUAAGCUCAGCGAAAUAAUCGUUAAUUUUGCUAACUUAUUGCGUACCGGAAACUUCCUCAAUCCUUUGAACUUCGCGCCUACCGGAUUGACAUACGUCAGGAGAGCUUCCUCCUUUCUGUCUGUCCGAAAAGUUUCGAUUUCCUUUCGUUAAAGUGCUUGGAAGAAAUGGCACCUACAAAGCCAAAAUCGGGUGAUAAACCCGCGGCAAAAAAGGAUGAGAAGAAGAAACCCGCUUCAGCACCGGCUGGUGGGUCUUCAGGAGCCGGUGGCAGCUCCAAAACUCCGGCUCCGGCCCCUAAGGCUGCAACUAAAGUACCGUCAGCUCCAGCUGCAGGUAGCAGUAAACCUGCUGAGAAGAAGUCUUCCAGUGCAAAGGCUGCAAAACCUGCAGCUGCUGCGAAAUCCGCCAAAGCACCUGCCCCUGCUCCUAAGGCUAAGACCAGCACCACCUCAGCGCAGAAACCCACCACUGCCAAGGCAGCCAAAGUAGCCAAGGGUGCAGCUAAGCCUGCUGCUAAGCCCACAGCAAAGGCUGCAGCAGGGAAGAAGCCAGCAGUAAAGGCUGCUGCAGGCAAAGCUGCAGCUGGCAAGGCUAAGCCUGCACAGAAGACAGUGGUGACAAAGGUGAAGAGGAAUGUGUCAGUUAAGCAACAGCCAAAGGGUGCUGGUAAGAAGGUACCAACUACCCCUGCAGCUGCUGCUGCUGCAAAAGCUAAGAAGAUUCAAAAAAAGAUAAUAAAAGGCCCUAAUGGUACACGUGCACGCAAAAUCCGUACGUCAGUACAUUUCCACCGCCCCAAAACCUUUAGGCCACCAAGGAAUCCUAAAUACCCACGCAAGAGUGUACCCACGAGGUCAGUAUGUUUUAAAAUAUCAAAACGAUUUUUCCGUCACAGAUAAAUUGCGGGUUCUAACGAUCUAAAAACGAUUGGCUACAAAUUGCAACAACUCACUGACUGGCACUAGUGAUCACUUGAUGGCCCUAUUCCUAUGUAAUGUACUAUAUUUUCCUUGUAUUUUUUGACAUUAGGAAGGCCCAUAUUCGCAGAAUAUAAAAUGGAUAAUUUAACAUUAUAUAUAUACUUCUUUAAUUGAAAAAAUACCUCAUGGCAAACCAGAAUUCAUAUGUAUAAAAAUAUAUAGUCUUGAAGACAUAAUAUAUUAUGUGAUACACUGUGUAGCAUACAUAGAAUGGAUACUGUAGCAUUAAUGCUAAGUAAAUCUAGAACAAACAAACAAACGUCGCAUGUACCACUGGCUGUAUCUCAGUAACCCUUCAACCUAGAUCUGUUGCUUAAAAUUUUUUUUGAAAAAGUUGACAAAAGAAAUUCACCUUUCUAAAAUAGCCACUGUGGGUAAAAUUAUGACCUCAAAAUCAGAAAUUUUUUUGACAUUCUUUAUUAACAU